AUGAACUUGUGUGUGUUCGUGUUGAUGGUGGUUUGUUUGAAAUUAGUUAAUUGUCGCAAUGGUGACCAGAGGGAAACUAGGGAUUUGGCCAGCUGGGGUGGAUCCUGGUCGAUAUAUCCCACGACGGCCAGUUGGUCAAUGCAAACUAGAAUACCAAUGACGGCAGAUUUUGCGGAUACGGGUCGGGACGGUGGCAAAAAAGGCGGCAGAAACAAAAAGAAGUACAAGAGAUUCAUUCUACCACUGCUUCUAGCUUACAAGCUGAAGUUCUUCACCUUGAUACCGGUACUGCUGGGAGGAUUGGUGCUUUUGACGGGUGCAACAGGUUUAGCAGGAUUUUUCUUCGCCCUAUUCGCAGCAGUGAUGGGCCUGAAAUCGAGCAGUAGUCACAGAGCACUCUAGCAACCGUCUUUUUAAUGAUACUAUUAUAUCAGCUGGGUCCUAAUUUACAGAUAGUUACGAAAUGUUGUUCAUAAUAUGUAAGGAGGUAUAUUUAGGUUAAUUGAAAUACUCAAAUGAAAUUAAUAGUGUUAUUCUGAAACUUUGCUGUAAGACAUCUUGUAGAGACUCGAGUCAUUUCAGAAUUACACUACA